ACGACUUUUAUAUUCAAAUAUCAUCAUCAUCUUCAUGAUCAUUAUCAGAAACGACAUUUAUCAAUCAUCAUGACCAUCCUUAUGAUUGCAUGUUUUGCAUAUCUUUCCAUAUCCGAAGUUGCCUUUUGUUUGCCUGAAAAUAUGAAAGAUUCAAAUUUAAACAACAACAGAAUUCUACCAAAUUAUAAUGAUAAAAAUGAUCAAUCUGUUACGAUCAGUCGGCGGAAUAUUCCUUAUGAUGAUCAAAACAAUCAUCAUCAUCAUCAUCAUCAUUAUAUGUCUCAUCGUGAUGUUAUUGUUAAUCAUAAAAUCAUGAAUCGAAGAUUAAAACGAGAUUUAUUUAUAUUCCCUGAAAGUGAAAAUGUUGUCUACAAUCAUAAUGACAAUGGUGAAAAUAGUAGUUUGGAUCGACAGACACGAGAGAAUCAUCAAAUGAAUCAAACCACCAAUCGUAGUUAUGAAUCUUGUCCAUCAAAAGAAUGUUUUCGUAAAGUGGCCAAUUUUGAACGUUAUCUUCGAUUAUAUGCACCGAAAAGUCAACAGAUGACACAAUUUGAAUGUGUACUUCGAGAUAUUUUCUUUAAUUGCAUCAAAGAUACUGCACAUAAACAGCCAAAAAAAUGUGUAAAAAAACGUUAUGAUCAAAUCAAAAAACGUAUCGCUAAACUUUUAUCCGAAACUCGUCUUUGUAUUGGUGGUCGACGUCAUACGAUUCCAACUUUAUUUAACGGAUUUUCAUCUAAAUAAUGAUCACAUCCAUGCCAUCAUCACAUACAAUACUAUUUGUUAUUGAUCCCGAAUUUAUUUGUUAAAUUUCUACUACUAACCAUCAUCCAUUCUAUUGAUUUGGAAUCUACUGUAAUGUAUACAUUCACAGGGAAUCAAAUCUGUAACCAAAUAACAUUUAUAUGAAUCUCUUAUAAAAAACAUGACAAACAUACGAUAUACGAUGGAUUUCCAUUCCCUUAUAUUAUCAUUCUCUUUUAGUUUGUUUUGUUCAUUUAAUCAAGUAACAUGGAAAAAAAAGUUUUUUUUGUUAAUAAAAACCUUGAU